UAGGGGCCAUUUUUUUCUGGUGCCAACAGUCCCACUGCAUGUUGAUUUGUCUUUUGUGGCGUAACGUUUUACAAAUACAAUGCCAGCGUUUUGCGCUGUGAGAGGUUGCGGAACAAGGCAUCAAAAAGGAGUCAACAUAUCCUUCCAUGCGUUUCCGACACGUGACGCAGAAAUGCUGCGGCUUUGGUUACAGGCCGUUGGCCGCGAGGACUUGCAGCCAAAGAGCCACCACCGUAUCUGCUCCCAACAUUUUAAAGCAAGCUGCUUCUAUGCGGGCCUUGAUCGAGCAUGCUUGCGGCCAGAAGCCGUGCCUACAGAGUUUUCUGGCUGUCGCGAACGGGUGCGUAACUACACCAGUACGAAGCUUAGUGCCACUCCGUCACCAGUUGUCGAGACAGUCCCAAGUCUGGUUUCCAAAGGCUGCUGCUGUGCGAGAAGCAUGGGCGCGCGCUGUAAAUCGGUGGGACGGUUGGACCCCCAAAGAUGGUGACCGUCUGUGCUCCAUGCAUUUUACGGCCGAAUGCUUUGACAAAACUGGUCAGACGGUUCGAAUACGAGCUGGGAGCUUACCAACAUUGUUCCCAACUGCACACAAGCAUAAAGCAAAAAAAGCCAAACUAAAUACAAUACAGAACCAGUGCAUGGCACAGCCAGAAGUCGAGUUCACAUCAAGCAGCAGUCAGCAACGGGAGACACACAGUAGAGCAACCCGAGCAGCCACCAAGGUCCAGCAAACUGCCAACCAAGCACAAAAGCAGCUGCAAAGAAGAAUCACCGGUCCCAACACAACAUCAUCACCCGUAAAUGAUGCACCAACCCAGGCUAGAGAUGCAAGUUUGGAGGGCCAGCCAUUGCCUAAAAAACGAAUGUUCAACUUGCAGCAAGAUGCCAGUAUAAGUCAGCCAGCUCAUUUCGAGAAGCUAAAUUCAGUUACUUCCAACGGUAUUAAAAGCGAAGAGGACCCAGACGGGGAUAACAUCUCUCAUGUCUUGGAGAUACAUGCUGAAGUUGUUGGACAAACAGUGAACCGGGACCUCGACUCAGGUGAACCGGGCCCCGAAACGACAGCCACGGGAGCCUUGUUUCUGCACACAUACUGCGGCGGGAAAAAAGAGUCAGAGGAGGUGGUCAAGCUCAAGCUGUUGCUUCAGCUUGCUAAACGGCGCCUCGGUGUGGCUGAACAGAAGCUGAAGCGCAAGUCAGAGGCGUACAACAAACUGCUUAAUACCAACAAGGAGCUCAAGUUUGAGCUGUCGCUAGCCCAGCGGCCAACGCAGCAGCAGUUUUCAGUGAGCCACCGGCUGCCCCAGGAACUGUUACGCGACUGGCAUGAGAACGCCGGACGCGUGCCACACGCGCGACGCUACAGCGCCACGACGCUGCGCUUUGCCGCUGACCUGCACGCUUGCUCGCGCACUGCCUACGAGCACGUGGCCCAGUGGCUGCCCAUGCCCACACUCUACCUCGUCCGGCGCCAUACCGCCAUGUCCUCUCACUGCAGCCGGGAGAGUGGUGGUGCUGCUGUGGUGACAACACCCAGCAGCCAAAGUGAAACCACUGCGGUUGGGCCUCGAGACAACACCUUGCCUGCUAGCAGGUUCGCAAGCUCAGUGCCUCGUUACCGAAAGUUAAUAUCCUGGAUUCCUGCAGCAGCCUCAAAGUCAAGUGUGUCAACAUUCUCUUCAGCGCCGCGUGCAGUGAAGUUGGCAAAUGCUCCAGUCGUGCAAGCCGGUCACAGUGCACCCACUAUAUUCGUCAUAAAAAAUGCAAGUCCACCAGAAAUGGGAACGCCCCGAGAUGCAGCUACGCCACCCGAAACAACAUUGUCCACGAAAGCAGCCACAUUGUCAGAAACGACUACAAUGCCAGAAACAGGGGUAGCCACAUUGUCAAAUACGACUACAACGCCAGAAACGGAGGUAACCACAUCGUCAGAGACGACUACAAUGCCAGAAAAGGAGGUGGCCACAUCAUCAGAUAUGACUACAAUGCCAGAAACGGGGGUAGCCACAUCGUCAGAGACUGCUACAUCUGCAGAAGUAGAAACACAAGUAGGGACAGAGGUGCAGCCUAAAACGAAGACGCCGUUAGAUAUGGAUAAACAAUCGGAAGGGAGGAUGCACGAAACGGAUACCGAGCUAAACACUGAAACAAUAUCAGGUUCACUCGAUUCAGGAACAAUUACAGACUCUCCCUCAGUACAAACAGUCACUGCCAUAUUUGUUUCCAGAACACUUGCUUCGUGAACUUGAGGCUUCAAUAUAUGUGUAUAUAAAUCAAAGAGACUGCACUCAUUGGCACAUGUGACUGUGUGAAAGUGAACGCUCAUAAAAAUAGGUGAUGUUGCAUUAUUCACUAAUUACUAAGCUGAGCAGAUAUGGUUUCACUGCUCCAUGUCUGUACUACACACGUUUCAUGUCUACUUGUUUCGUGAAUUUGAGGCUUCAAUAUAUGUGUACAUGAAUUAAAGAGACUGCACUAAUUGGCACAUG